CACAGCCAUAUCAAACAUAGCCUUAGUAGAGACUACAGCUAGAGAAUUCCCCUGUAACAUAGCGGAGACGCUCUUUGGGUCGAUCAAUUUGGAAGGCAAGACAACAUGUUAAGGAUAUCUCAUCUGACACUAAUAGCGCCUCCAGCUUUCAGUGCUCUCAGACUCUCUCUCACUUCCACUCUCAACCUCUCGACUCCUUUAAACCUUCACAAAAUCUCUACUUGUUCUGCACUUUAUCGUCUCUCCCAGACCUUCAAACCCACUUCGCCCAGUUCGUCCUUUUUGAGCGCCAACCGGGUUCUUCUGCGUGUCAUGGGAAGUCCAGGUCCCAAGGGUUCAGCUUCAUUUAGUGCUGAAAGUAGCUCUGGUGAUGGAAGGGAGAUAUUGGUCCAGCACUUACUUGUUAAAGAAGACAAUCUUAAGCUUCUGUUAGAUCUUCAGCAGAGAGUUUCACGAGGUGAAGACCUUAGUGAUCUUGCUGCAGAGUACUCGAUAUGUCCAUCCAAAGAAGAAGGGGGAAUGCUGGGGUGGGUCAGAAAGGGGCAAAUGGUACCUGAAUUUGAGGAGGCUGCAUUUAGUGCAUCUUUAAACAAAGUUGUUAGGUGUAAAACAAAAUUUGGAUGGCAUUUAUUGCAAGUACUGUCAGAGAGGGAGGAAUCAGUACUUCAAAACAUUCAAUGCAAGGAGCUUCAUGUGAAAAUGCAAGAUCCCAGUUUCUUAGAUGAGGCACAGUUGAUUGAUGUUCGAGAACCUGAAGAAGUGGCCCAAGCUUCUUUAUCGGGUUUCCAGGUCCUUCCCCUUCGACAAUUUGGAAGCUGGGGACCUGACAUAACCACGAAGUUCGAUCCUCAAAAGGAUACUUAUGUUAUGUGUCACCAUGGUAUGCGAUCUUUACAGGUUGCCCAGUGGUUGCAGACGCAGGGUUUCAAGAGAGUCUUCAAUGUCGCUGGGGGAAUUCACGAAUAUGCCCGAACGGUUGAUCAAACAAUUCCCACUUACUGAUAUCUUCCGGAUUAUAGAUGUGCUUCCCGUCACUUUAAGACCAUUCAAUUUAUUAUUAUUAUUAUUUUUGGUGUUUGUGUGUAUAUCGGAGCUACUUUAAUAUGACCAAAAUGAAAAAGUACUAGUUUAACAUGCAUU